AAUCAAAACCCCACAUUCUACCAAAGUGUAUUAAAAUCUCUUAUUACAAUCUCUCAUCCAAACCACUCACAUAUUCAGUAUUUUACAUUGGUGUGCUGGACUUGGGCCUAACCCGAAUCUUAGGUAGGAAUGAUUUUUUUUUUUUUGGAGGUGGAACUUGGAAGGAAUUUCUUUGGCGAUACGAAACCCCACAACGUGGCGCCCAUGCCGUUUGACCAAGUCUGAUUAAACUAUUAACUAUGCCUAUCCUCUACCACUCCCAUCAUUAUCCACCUAAUUAUAUUUCUAACUCUCAAUUAGACGGCGACAAUCAUAAUCCCCAACCUUUUCUUUAUUCAUUUUUUUUCAUCUCUUCCACACCACUACUCAUCAUUUGACUAUCGCGGUUUGAUUUUUCUCAGUUUUCCACAAACAUUUUGCAUAAGAAAAACUGCAGAACACUAUGUGAAUACUUGCAUAAUUUUCCACUUGAUAGAUUUAUACCAGUCAAACACUUAGCUAGGGUGCGUUUGGAUAAGUGUAUUUUAAAUGUAAGAUAUUUGAAAUACUAACAUUUGAAAUGGAUGUAUUUGAAGUAUUAGCAUUUGAAAUAUAUGUAAUUCAAAUUCAUUGUUUGGAUACUCAUUUGUAAUUUGUUUGUAUUUUUGUAUUUAUGAUUUUCAAUUUCAAUUUUUAAUUUUCUGGUCACUUACUACAAAUUUUGGUAAAUUACAGUUUGGUACCCAAAAUUAUUUUUUCUUACAAUUUAGUACCUAAACUUCUAAAAUUUUACAAAAAGGUCCUGAAAUUUUGAUGGUAAAAUUACAUUUUGGUACCUUUAUAUGUUUUGCCUCACACUAUAGUACCUAAACUUUUCAUAUUUUACAAAUAGGUCCAUUCUUUUGUUAGGAGGUAUUUCAAAUCACUAGUUGUUGAAAUGUAUUUGAAGUUGACAAAAAAUACACUAGACAUGUAUUUGGAAAUCACCCCAUGAAUUUGACACUAAUCCAAAUACCAAAUGUAAUUAAUAUCCAAACACAUGAUUUGGUAUUUGAAAAUCCAAAUCACAAAUACCAAAUCCAAAUCCUAGUAUCCAAACGCACCCUAAAUGAAUUCACCCAAAAAUGGCGAAACAGUGAAGAACACGUAGCUGAUUGAUUAUCAAGAAGAACUACUCCAGCCCACAGCGGGGCCACAGCUGGCCCGGCGACUCUCUCUGUUGGUCCAUUCCCAUAUUCAAUUUUUCUGCCGUAGACUUUGUGACAUCAAUCACACCUUUAUUGUUCGUCCCAAGAAGACACUUAAUAAUUCGUCGUCGUCGAUUUGUGGCAAACGGACACUCAAUCGUUGGUCCCGCCAUGAAUUCUUGCUCACCUCCUCUUCUCUUCCUCCUGCUUCUACCAGUAAUACUUUCACCUCUCGCGACCGCUCAGCAGCCCGAGUUCAUCGUCAAAGUCUGCUCCGACGCCGGGAACUACACCGCCGGCAGUGCCUACCGGCGGAACCUGAACACCGUCCUCUCCUCGCUCGCCUCCGACGACCGAACCACCACAGGGUUCUACAACGCCUCGUCGGGCCAACCCCCGGACCGGGCCGACGCUAUCGGGCUCUGCCGCGGCGACGUCGGGCUGGGCGACUGCCGGAGCUGCAUCGCCAACGCCACGGGCCGGAUCCUCCUGGACUGCCCGGCCCAAAAGGAGGCGGUCGGGUACUACGACUUCUGCAUACUCCGGUUCGCGAACCGGUCCAUCUACGGCGUCCGGGCCCAGAACGCGGUUACCUAUUUCUUGAGCAACAACAACAACGCGUCCGACCCGGCCCAGUUCAACACCGCCUUGGAGAGGCUGCUGAGGCGGCUCCGCGGCCAGGCGGCGGCGGGGACCUCCGUGAAGAAAUUCGCCACGGGGACGGAGCGGGAGGGGUUCGUCACCAUCUACGGGCUCGCGCAGUGCAGCCCCGAUUUAUCGGGGACGCUCUGCGACGACUGCCUCGUCGAGGCCAUCGGGCAGGUCCCGAAUUGCUGCGGCGGGAGAGUCGGAGGACAGAUCUUGAAACCUGAUUGCCAGGUGAGGUUCGAGACUUCUCGAUUUUAUACCGAAUCGCCGCCGCCACCGCCACCGCCGCCACCGCCACAGUCUCUGUCUCCACCGCCGAGACCACCGGCUACUUCCCCGCUGCCACCUCCGGAUGGAGGCGGAGGAAGUAAGAAUUGGGGUAGGAUUAUAGCUAUUGUGAUUCCGAUCGUUGGCGCCGCCGUGAUCGGCUUCAUCUUCAUCUUGUGCUGCCGCCGGAGACUGAAGAAGUCGAGACUCCCGAACCAGAGGUCAAGCCAUCUCGACGCAACUGCCGACGAAAUCAGCAGUGAAGGAUGGUUGCAAUACGAUUUCGAAACGAUUCAAGCCGUGACAAACGAUUUCGCCUACCAAAACAAGCUCGGAGAAGGUGGAUUCGGAGUCGUCUACAAGGGGGUGUUGUCGAGUGGUGAAGAAGUAGCUGUGAAGAGACUGGGAAAAGAUUCAGGACAAGGUGAUUUAGAGUUCAAGAAUGAAGUCAAGCUGGUGGCAAAGCUUCAACACAGGAAUCUCGUCAGGCUUCUUGGAUUCUGCUUGGAAGGGAGAGAGAGGCUACUUGUCUACGAGUUCGUUCCCAAUGCUAGUCUCGACCAAUUCCUCUUUGAUCCGGAUAAACGAGCGCGUUUGAACUGGGAGAGACGAUAUAAGAUAAUCGCUGGCAUAGCACGAGGAAUGGUCUACCUUCAUGAGGAUUCUCGGUUAAGGAUCGUCCACCGAGACCUCAAAGCCAGCAAUAUUUUGUUGGAUGCCGAGAUGAACCCGAAAAUCGCAGAUUUCGGGAUGGCGAGGUUGUUUGAUAUGGACGAGACUCAGGCAAAUACGAACAGAAUUGUCGGGACCUAUGGAUACAUGGCUCCGGAGUAUGCAAUGCAUGGGCAAUUCUCGAUGAAGUCGGACGUGUUUAGUUUUGGAGUGCUCGUUUUGGAGAUUGUGAGCGGGCAGAAGAAUAGUUACCUCCAAGGUGGCUCGAGCAUGGAGGAUCUCUUGAGUUAUGCAUGGAAGAACUGGAGGAACGGGACAUACACGAGCCUGGUAGAUCCGUCUCUGGGGAACAAUGUCUCGGGCACAGAGAUCGCGAGGUGCAUCCACAUCGGGCUGCUGUGCGUGCAGGAGAACGUGAACGACAGGCCGACAAUGGCCACCGUGGCUCUGAUGCUGACGAGCCAUUCGAUGACUCUGCCUCUGCCUUCCAAGCCGGCGUUCUUCAUGAACACCGGCACCGGCGGGGAUUCUUCAUCGUGGGGAUACAGCAGCACUUCCAGGGAGGCAAUGGGUUCUUCUCCUUCUGUUGAAGCGCUUCCUUUGUCGAGAAAUGACGCUUCCAUAACUGAGCCGUAUCCUCGUUGAGAUGAAAAUGUGUAAUAUAUUGUUGGCUAUUGUUUUUGUAAAAUGUUAUAUAGUGCUUAACUCGCGGAUCAGUUGAGGAUUAGGGGGUUGAUUAACUUUUUUUUUUUUUGUUUGUUGAUAAGAAGGCGUUUGAUCAAUUUAAGUAUUGGCAAAACGAUGCCCUAAUAAUGGUAGAUUGGUAGUUCAUUUGUUUUAAAUAAAUAAUCAGGAUUCAU